AUGCCUAAGGAGAACCUGCUGUAUAAAUUAGAUAAUCUCGAAUAUCAGUAUCAUUACUUAAACAAUACGGUCUCCGAUUUUAAACCGCGAUUGAAUCAAACUAAAAAAGUUUACAAUGCUAUAGGUAAGAAAAAUGCCAAGCGUAUAAAAUCACAGCUGGAAUCUUUGAAUGAAGAAGACAUUCUUAAACAAUUACAACAAGUUAAGACAACGAUUUUCAAUGGUAAGAUAUAUACUGUUGAGAAGCAUUUGAAGGUGUUGAUAUCAAAGGACGCAAAAUUAAAAGACGAAAAGAUCAAAUCGGAUAUCUGCAAAGUCUGUAAUUCAAUUGCUGAAUUUAUUGAAUUGAUAGUUAUUUCCAAAAUAAUCAAGAUUGCUAAUAAAAAAAUUGUGACGGAUAAAGAUAAUGUUCCAGAAUGGUUUAAGGAUCAUGACUACUAUAGAGCUAAUGUAGAAAAAGAUCAUAAAUACAAUCCUAGUAGAAUUUGGAAUGAUGCCGUUUUGAAGAUAGAUGGUGGUGUCAAAUUAAUAGGUGUCCUAUGGAACAGCAAUAGUAAAAAAGUCAAAGAGAUUCUAAACAGUUUUGAAAAUGGUAUGGAUGUCUUCUUAAAUAUCAACUUUGAUAAGAAAAAGCAAGUUUCUCAGAAAAAAGAACCUGGCAUGAAAGAAAAGAUGGCAUCCAAAGGAUCUACAGAAGCAAAUGGCUCCGAUAUGGAAGAAGAAGAACAUGCUAGUGGAAGUUUUAGUGAUAAUGAAGGCGAAACAGAAAUUGAUGAAGAAGCGAUUUUAAAACAAUAUGAGGGUAUGUUAGCCGCCUCUGAUGAUGAAAGUGGUGGCGAUAAGGAAAUAGGCGCGUUAGACCCAGAUAUCAAUUACAAUGAGGUUACAGACGAAGAACCAAGUGAAGAAGAAGAAGAAGAAGAAGAAGAAGAAGAUGAUGAGGAUGACGAAGAUGAUGAGCCAUCUUCGAAAAAGCCUAAACUUCCGGAAUUAAUGGCUGGUUAUUACAGUGGUGAUGAUUCAGACUCUGAUGAAAUAGAAGACAAGAUUGCCAGAGAACAGGCAUCUAAUGCACCAAAGAGAAAGAAUAGACGUGGUCAACGUGCAAGAAGAAAGAUAUGGGAACAGAAAUAUGGUAAAGGUGCCAAACAUAUUCAGAGGGAAUUUGAGAAGAAAAUGGAAGAAAGAGAACAGAGACAAAAGGAAUACGAAGAGAGAGUUGCAAAACGUGCUGUUAAGGCUGCUUUACGUGAUAAGGAGAACGCCAAUCUAACGCCAUUAGGCGAGAGGAAACCAAGAGAAACCGCUGAAACUAAGCCCGCAAAGGUUCACGAAGAGCAUCCAUCUUGGGUAGCGAAGAGAAUUGAAGAAGAAAAAUUGAAGAAUGCGAAAUUCAAAGGUAAAAAGAUUACAUUCGAUUAA